GGCCGCUUUGCAGACGUUCGCACAGCCUCUGUGCCUGCUGAGACAUUUAUCACUCAAUCCGGACUUUUUGAAAGGGUAGAUGAAAUGAACAUCAAAGCUCCGACUGCCACAUCCAAGUGCCAACUGACCACUUCUGAGGAUGCGUGGGUGGUUUUGGCGACCGCCAUACUGCCCGGCUACCGGGUCAAAGUUCACAAGUGUACAAGUUUGUGCUUCUGGGUAUAUAUACACUUGCAAGUCAAGACGAUAUCGAUUGCUGAUAUGAAAGAUCUUGUUAUAAAACAAGGGAAAGGA